GCCGGGAAUCCGCUGCUGGCAACAUAAGCGUGUUAGAUCCAACGCUGUGGAGGGCGUGUUUUCCUGGCUUCGUAUUUUGGAAGCGGCGGCAAAGGCAGCAGCGCCUUGCCAAACUGUUCUUCUGGUAUACUGCAGGUGGCGCCAAGAGGCGAUGAUUCGGCAAGGCUGGUGACAGGAAAUGCAAGCCUACACGUUCCCUUUCGGUGACGAUGGAAUUCGAUGACUUCCUCCUCUUCGGAUGGGCGGCGCGUAUAUUAAUGCCAGGGUCGCGUUAACCAGCUGGGCGGCGUGUUCAUCAACGGCCGGCCGCUGCCCAACCACAUUCGACUGAGGAUCGUCGAGAUGGCGGCCGCCGGCGUCCGGCCCUGCGUCAUCUCCCGCCAGCUCAGGGUGUCGCACGGAUGCGUCUCCAAGAUCCUCAACCGCUACCAGGAGACCGGCAGCAUCCGGCCGGGCGUGAUCGGCGGCAGCAAGCCCCGGGUGGCGACCCCCGAGGUGGAGAAACGCAUCGAGGACUACAAGCGCGAGAACCCGGGCAUCUUCUCGUGGGAGAUCCGCGACCGGCUCAUCAAGGACGGCGUGUGCGAGCGCGCCAGCGCCCCCUCGGUCUCGUCCAUCAGCCGGCUGCUGCGCGGGCCGCGCGACGACGACGAGGACCCCAAGGCGAUGCUGCUGCAGCACAAGCACUCCAUCGACGGCAUACUCGCCGCCAAGGAGAUGAACCCCGGCUCCCGUCUGUCCGGCGGCGAGUGCAGCCUGGACUCGUUCUCGGACGGCGAGUGCGGAGGCGACUCGACGGCCGAACCGGGGCUGACGCUGAAGCGGAAGCAGCGCCGCUCGCGCACCACCUUCUCGGCGGCUCAGCUCGACGAACUGGAGAAGGCGUUCGAGCGAACCCAGUACCCGGACAUCUACACCCGCGAGGAGCUGGCACAGAGGACGCGCCUCACCGAGGCAAGGGUCCAGGUAUGGUUCAGCAAUCGGCGCGCGCGCUGGCGCAAGCAGAUGGGCAGCCAGCAGAUGAACGGCUUCUCGGCGCUCAGCCUUCCCGUGUACCCGGCCGCCGCGGCAGCCGCUGCAGCCGCUGCCAACCCGUAUCUGCUGCAGCCCACCGAGCCACCGCCCCAGCCCUACGCGCAGCCGCACCACGCAACCCAGGCGCCGCAAGGUCAGUGGAGAUUCCACGCUGAUUCCUUCUCUCUGGACUCGGAACUCGGUAAAAGCGAGUCCGUUCCCCCGCCGGUGGUAACCACCAUGGGUCACGGUUCAUCGGACCCGCGUACGAGUGCAUACGGCGCUGACCAGCACUACAGCGCGGCCCAGCAGCCGCUCAAGCCGCAGAUGCUGAACAUGCUCCCGAGCCCUGUGGACUACGGCAGCCUCCAGCAGCAGGACGACUGGCGCACGCAGGCGGCGGCAGCGGUCAGCCAAGGGAGCUGUUGGCCAUCGGCGGCGCCGUCCCCCGCCCCGACGGCGCCGAGCACCGCUGCGGCCACGGACCCAUCGUCGUUCGGCGCGGACGCGUUCGUGUCGCCGCCCUUCAAUGCGACGGGACUGGACCUCAAGCCGUCCUUCUACUACCCGGCACUUCGUGGACUGCCGCUCUGACCCCACUGCCGACCACUCUUGUACAAAGCGCAUCGCAGGCAGUGACGCCUCUUGUCAUCACAAACACGGCCCAGUGCUCCGUCUUGUCAGGCACCGCGCUGAAUGAACCGACAGACUCCUCCAACAGUGAGGACGUUGUGCUCAGGCCAGUGCUCGCCUGCAGGUGGUCCACUUCCGACGGAAGCCCUCGCGCGUCAGGUGUCGCUGUGUGAACGGCUGCGCUCGAAACGGAAACCAUCGCGCGCGGCAGUUUCGCCUUCGCUUCACUCAAGACACUUGCGGAGAAUUCCAGUCGUCGUUCUGGAGGAGCUCUCUACGUAUAUCGCUGAUUCAAACGUGCCAGAGGGCGACGUUUUUAAUGCUACGCGCUGGAUUACGGCGGAAACAAACUGCCAAGCGUAGCAAGCAGUCGGAAAUUUUUAGAUUGAAUGCGUGACUCCAUGGUGGAGCAACACUUUGGAGGACGUUUAAG